UCAGCAACAGGCCUAUUUCUGGGCCAGUAUCUCACAUCAGAGAUGUCCCAAGACUGCAACCCUAUAGGGACCUCACUGUCAGCCUGACACCCCCGUCAGUCUCCACAGUGAUGCCAGCCCAUCCAGAUACCUCCAGGGCCCUCCCAUGCCCAAGAAACCCAGGAAACAGUCCUUUGUUCUCACUGUGAAUUAGUUCCUUUCUGCUGGAGGGUGGUGGUGUUAAAGAAUCCUAAAUUGGGGAGGGGGCAAGUCAGUGAGGUGAAGUGUAGGGAAGUCUGCCAUGCCCUACAGAGCGAUCUGAGCCACAGCCCAGCUGGGCUGGGCAGGAAAAGGUGCAGCCACACUAGCAAGGCCACACAAGGGCCCUUUCACGCGAGCCCGCAGCGGUCGCACUGCUCUAGGCCUCCCGCUAGAGGCGUAGCGCGGGCGCUUGGAGGAUGAGGCCACAGCGGCUGAAGCCAGAGUGAUUGGAGGUUCAGCCCACUGCAGCCCCUGGAUAUUGCGAAGCCUACAGAGCCGGCCAAGUGUCCCAGGUUGGCCAAAGAGCGUGGUAGGACAGGAUGGAUGCUUCUCCCGAGCCCCAAGAGAAGGGUGGGACACUGGUGCUGAUCCGACGACAGCCUCCUGUGUCCCAGGGUUUGCUGGAAACACUGAAGGCCAGGUUGAAGCAGAGCUGCACCUGCAGUAUACCAUGUGCUCAGGCUCUGGUGCAGAAUCUGUUUCCUGUCCUGCACUGGCUGCGUCAGUACCGCCCUAAAGAGUACCUGGCAGGUGAUGUUAUGUCUGGGUUGGUCAUUGGCAUUAUUCUGGUGCCACAAGCCAUAGCGUACUCACUGCUGGCUGGGCUGCAGCCCAUCUAUAGCCUCUAUACCUCCUUCUUUGCCAACCUUAUCUACUUCCUCAUGGGCACCUCACGCCAUGUUAAUGUGGGCAUCUUCAGCCUAUUGUGCCUCAUGGUGGGUCAGGUGGUAGACCGAGAACUGCAGUUGGCUGGUUUUGACCCCUCCCAGGAUUCUCUGGGGCCUAGGAACAAUGGCAGCACACUCAACAACUCAACCACAACACUGGUGCUUGGGCUACAGGACUGUGGACGGGACUGCCAUGCCAUUAGAAUCGCCACUGCCCUCACUCUGGUGACUGGACUUUAUCAGGUCCUCAUGGGUAUCCUCCGGCUGGGCUUUGUGUCUACCUACCUCUCACAACCAUUGCUCGACGGUUUUGCUAUGGGAGCCUCUGUGACCAUCUUGACUUCUCAGGCUAAACAUCUGCUGGGUGUGCGGAUCCCUCGGCACCAGGGGCCAGGCAUGGUGAUCCGCACAUGGCUGAGCUUGCUGCAGAGUGUGGGACAGGCCAAUAUAUGUGACAUGGUCACCAGUGCCGUGUGCCUAGGAGUGCUGAUAGUGGCUAAGGAGCUCUCAGACCGCUACCGACACCGUUUGAAGGUGCCAGUACCCACAGAGCUGCUAGUCAUUGUGGUGGCCACACUUGUAUCCCACUUUGGACAGCUCCAUUCAAGGUUUGGCUCAAGUGUGGCCGGCAACAUUCCCACUGGUUUUGUAGCCCCACAGAUACCAGACCCUAAGAUAAUGUGGCAUGUGGCCCUGGACGCUGUGUCCCUAGCCCUUGUGGGCUCAGCCUUCUCCAUCUCAUUGGCAGAGAUGUUUGCUCGAAGUCAUGGCUACACUGUUCAUGCCAACCAAGAGCUUCUAGCCGUGGGCUGCUGCAACGUGCUGCCUGCCUUCUUCCACUGUUUUGCCACCAGUGCUGCUCUGUCCAAAACCCUGGUGAAGACAGCCACUGGCUGCCAGACCCAGUUGUCCAGUGUGGUCAGUGCUGCUGUGGUGCUGCUGGUGCUGCUGGUGCUGGCUCCACUGUUUCACGAUUUGCAGCGGUGUGUGCUAGCUUGUAUCAUUGUUGUCAGCCUGCGUGGGGCGCUGCGCAAGGUUAAGGACCUCCCACAGCUUUGGCGGCUAAGCCCCGCUGAUGCACUGGUCUGGGUGGCUACUGCAGCCACCUGUGUGCUCGUCAGCACCGAGGCCGGACUUCUAGCUGGGGUGUUCUUCUCACUGCUCAGCCUGGCAGGCCGCACACAGCGUCCACGGGCUGCCCUUCUUGCUCGAAUUGGAGACUCAGCCUUCUAUGAGGAUGCUGCCGAGUUUGAGGGCCUCCUGCCCCCACCUGAGGUGCGAGUGUUCCGUUUCACAGGCCCACUCUACUAUGCCAACAAGGAUUUCUUCUUGCAGUCACUCUACAAUCUCACAGGGCUGGAUGCAGGGCACUCAGCCACCAGGAAGAAAAAGGGCCCAGAGGUGGGUGUCAGUGACAGCAGUCUUGCUGAUGGCAAGGAUAUGGGUUCAGUGAGCAGUGGGACCGGGCUGGUGGUACCCCUGGCAUUCGGUUUCCACACAGUGGUCAUUGACUGUGCACCACUGCUGUUCCUGGAUGUGGCUGGCAUGGCCACACUGAAGGACCUGCACAGAGACUACAGGGCCCUGGACAUCACCCUGCUUCUGGCUUGCUGCAGUCCCUCAGUGAGGGACACGUUGAGGAAAGGGGGCUUCCUUGGGGAAGACCAGGGAGCUGAGGAUGAGCUCCUGUUCCCCAGUAUACACAGUGCUGUGGAGGCUGCACGAGCCCGCCGUGAGGAGCUGGCGGCUGCUGACUCUGCCUUUUAGCAGGACCAAGAUCCAUGUCCACAAGCCAGUACUGACCUCCUUUGUAGGAAUGAUAUGAAGACUGGAAACAUUAGAGAGAGAUACCCUUGGACCACCUCUGCCCUGGAAAAGUCAGGGAACUCCAACUAAGAAAGGAAAGCGCCGUGUCCUUAACACAUUCAAGAAUUCCGAACAUUCAGUGAUAGAGACACUCUACAUCUGAGACCACUGCUGCCCCCUAGUGGCCACACCCACACACAUGAUCCCUCAGCCAAAGCAGUGCCCAGUUUAAUAAUAAUAGUCUGUGUUACCAUCUUAUCUGAAACAGAGUCCUGCAAAUUAUGCGGUCUCUAAGAUGCCAAAAGGACACAUUCCCUUCCCCUGCACCACAGGUAUCAGAUAUGAGCUGAACACAUGGCCAAGGGUCAAGAGUCUGAAUUCCGGAAAGGUCUUCUCAUGCCUAGGCUCAUCUUAACUGGGCCCUUGCAAAGGCAGUCACCUGCUCCAGAGCAGAUGGUCCAGUGUCACUGUCUAAGGUGAUGUGACUGACCUUCAGGCACGAUGUCUCUAUCCAGCUUAUACUUAUCCAGCUUAUACAACAUGGCCAUGUAUGGUACAAAGUCAGGCACAGAGACUUUGGCACAGGCAUAGCCAAAGAGACCUUCCCCUCCUCUUCUGCCCAACAGGAUGCUCUAACAGGAAGUACAGUCCCAGCCCCAUCCGUGCCCUACUAUGAUGCUCCCCAACCCACAGUCCAGCACUGUGCUCCACAACUGUCCCGGACAAGGCCAGACCCACCACCUCAGCAUCCCUGUAAGACAAGCUCUGACCAGCAGCUCCCAGGGCACGCCCCUCAGCAUCACCCACCUGGCUGUGAUGAGAUCCAGCAGCCAGUGUAUCCGGACCUGCUCGAUGCCACUGUGCGGAACAGCACCAAUGUAGGCAAGGUUCAGUUGCUGGUCCCAACUAAGGUCGAACCGGUCAGCCUGGUCAUGAGGCAGUGGGGGGCUGGGGACAGGACAAAGAAGUGAAGUGUUUGUCCUAAGCAGGGGCUUACAGCCGACCAGGUACUACACAUUUAAUACCUGACUGACAGGUGCUUGCAGAGGAGCAGUGUAUGUCUCCACGUUGUAUGAUAAAGUAGCCCUUUCACCAGAAA